AUGGCUCUUGCCUCGCCAAGACCCUCCAUCGAUGUCACCGAUCAUUGCGACGCCGGAAACGGCAAGCACGGAACUGCAGCUUGCGACAAGCUGGCAGGCGCAUUGCUAACGCCUCCCAACUCCUUGUCUCCGGAGUUGAGCGCGCAUCUCGCUCAUGUCCAUGGACACUCCCCACCGCUGAUGGACAUUGAGCAGGACAUGGACACGCAGUCGCAGACCGGUCAUGAUCAUCAUACUCCUGGUCUCGACAGCCCGGAGCUGAUGCGGACGGCUGGCAUGCCGCUCAGUAAAGGUGCCUUGUCCGGCCUGGACGCUUCUGCGGCCAUCACACCUGGCAUGUUGGCCAAGCACCAUCUCCCUGGCAUCAUGCUAGGCAAUGGGCCACGUCCGAUACGCUACGUCAUGGGCGAGCUUACGCAGACCGUGCCUGGGUUUUCGCGCAUCCCUCCUGCCAAGGCUCGUAGACUCGUGGUAGCUGCUCUUGAAAGCCGCAACGGAGGCGGCGUUGAUGGCAGUGUUACCUUCAGCAAGACCGGCUGGGGACGGUGGGACGCGCAUGUCAAGGGCUCGUCACGGGACUCUGGAAUUGGGUCCUACGAAGGACAUCCUUCGCCUCCGCGUAGUGAGAGGAGCAGCUAUGCUUUUUCGCACAACGACUCCGCUGUGCAUAUGCUUGGCCCGCAUGUGCCGAGCGCCUACCGCGAUCAGCACUCCAGCAGUUGGGCUAGCAUCCGUGAGGAGGAUGAGCUCGACAUGGACAUGGAUGUGCUCGAGAAUGAAGCUGAUAAGAUGUCACUGGACGAUGACGACGACCUCAGCCUCGAUGACUCUACUGAGGAAGAGGACACCCCCGCUUCAACCUCUCGCAUUGAGAGAAGAGCCCCAAUUCCAAUCACUACCGGCCCACGGAAGAAUUAUAACGCCAUCAGUGCAGCUUAUGCACGACGAUGGUCACACUCUCGAAGCUGGAGUCGGCGACCUUCCGGCUUCAGCGAACGACAACUUCACUCUACCUCUCUUCCAGUCGCUGGACGACCAAGUCCGGCAGCGCUGAACCCGAAGACUGCAACACCUGAAGAACAGGCUGCAGCGGCAGCAUUAUUGAGCAUGGGAUCGAUCUUUGGUGAUGACGAAUACACCAUCAAAGUACCCUGGAUUGACACGGGUGGCGUACCCUACACUCAGCAUCACGACACGACGACUAUUACUACCACAAACACAGAUACCCUGACAGAACACAACCUGUUGACUUUUCAACUACUCUUGAUUUACCGCGUACCGGAACGAGGACAACUGGAAACCGCUGGGCACCCGCAUUGGAAAUCAAGUGCUGAUUUUGAUGACUGGGACUGA